AUGCACCAGAGGGGCAGAUCAGUGAAGGAAUCAAAUUUCUUUAAAUUCCAGUUUCUGCCACUCCUUCCCCUUGGGCUGUACACCUUCACUGGGAUUUACACCUUCGAGUCUCUGGUGAAAAUCAUUGCCAGGGGUUUCUGUAUAGAUGGAUUCACCUUCCUGAGGGACCCCUGGAACUGGCUGGAUUUCAGUGUCAUCAUGAUGGCAUAUGUCACAGAGUUUGUGGACCUUGGGAAUGUCUCAGCAUUGAGAACUUUCAGAGUUCUCCGAGCUUUGAAAACUAUCUCUGUAAUUCCAGGCUUGAAGACCAUCGUGGGUGCCCUCAUCCAGUCUGUGAAGAAGCUGUCAGAUGUGAUGAUCCUGACAGUUUUCUGUCUCAGUGUCUUUGCCCUCAUUGGGCUCCAGCUGUUCAUGGGCAAUUUAAGGAACAAGUGUGUGAUUUGGCCAAUUAAUGUGAACGAGACCUUCCUGGAUAAUGGCUCCAGGGGCUUUGACUGGGAGGAAUACACCAACAAUAUGUCAAAUUUUUACAUCAUUCCCGGCGCCCCUGACCCUUUGCUCUGUGGUAACAGCUCAGAUGCAGGGCAAUGCCCAGAGGGGUACACGUGCAUGAAGGCAGGACGGAACCCCAACUACGGCUACACGAGCUUCGACACCUUCAGCUGGGCUUUCCUGGCUUUAUUUCGCCUUAUGACUCAGGACUUUUGGGAAAACUUGUACCAAUUAACUUUACGAGCGGCAGGAAAAACCUACAUGAUCUUCUUUGUGCUGGUGAUCUUUGUGGGAUCCUUCUACCUGGUGAACCUGAUCCUGGCUGUGGUGGCCAUGGCCUACGAGGAGCAGAACCAGGCAACCCUGGAGGAGGCAGAGCAGAAGGAGGCAGAAUUCAAGGCCAUGUUGGAACAAUUGAAAAAGCAACAGGAAGAAGCACAGGCUGCUGCCAUGGUCACCUCGGCAGGGACGGUGUCUGAAGAUGCUGUGGAGGAUGAUGGCGGGGGGAGGAUGUCCAGGAGCUCCUCAGAGAUCUCCAAACUCAGCUCCAAGAGCGCCAAGGAGCGGCGGAACCGCAGGAAGAAGCGGAAGGACAAGGAGCUGUCGGAAGGGGAUGAGAAGUGUGACAAUGAGAAGGUGUUCAAGUCAGAGUCUGAGGAUGGCAUGAGGAGGAAAGCGUUCAGGCUGCCAGAUAACAGGCUGGGGAGGAAAUUCUCCAUCAUGAACCAGUCUCUCCUCAGCAUCCCGGGCUCCCCGUUCCUCUCCCGCCACAACAGCAAGAGCAGCAUCUUCAGCUACAAGGGCCGCUUCCGCGACCCGGUGUCGGAGAACGAGUUCGCCGACGACGAGCACAGCACGGUGGAGGAGAGCGAGGGCAGGAGGGACUCGCUCUUCAUCCCCAUCCGGGGCCGCGACCGGCGCAGCAGCUACAGCGGCUGGGGGGGGGGGGGGGGGGGGAGCGGCUACAGCGGCUACAGCCAGGGCAGCCGCUCCUCGCGCAUCUUCCCCGCGCUGCGCCGCAGCCUCAAGAGGAACAGCACCGUGGACUGCAACGGCGUCGUGUCCCUCAUCGGGGGGCCGCCCUCCAGCAUGCCCGGCGGCCGCAUCCUGCCCGAGGGCACCACAGAAAUUGAGAUCAGGAAGAAGCCUGGAGGGUCCCUGCUGGUCUCCAUGGAUCAGGUGAACGCGUCCUACGGGAGGAAGGACAGGACCAACAGCGUCAUGACUGGGCUGACCAACACCCUGGUGGAGGAGCUGGAGGAGUCCCAGAGGAAAUGCCCCCCUUGCUGGUACAAAUUUGCCAACACGUUCCUGAUCUGGGAGUGCCACCCCUACUGGAUGAAGCUGAAGGAGAUUGUGAACUUGAUUGUCAUGGAUCCUUUUGUGGACUUGGCCAUCACCAUCUGCAUCGUGCUGAACACGCUGUUCAUGGCCAUGGAGCACCACCCCAUGACCCCCGAGUUCGAGCACGUGCUCUCCGUGGGAAACCUGGUUUUCACUGGGAUUUUCACAGCAGAAAUGUUCCUGAAGCUCAUUGCAAUGGAUCCAUACUAUUAUUUCCAAGAAGGCUGGAACAUCUUUGAUGGGUUUAUUGUCUCCCUCAGUUUAAUGGAGCUGAGUCUGGCAGAUGUGGAAGGACUUUCCGUGCUGCGAUCUUUCCGAUUGCUGAGAGUCUUCAAACUGGCCAAGUCCUGGCCCACCCUGAACAUGCUGAUAAAAAUCAUCGGCAACUCGGUGGGUGCCUUGGGCAAUCUGACCCUGGUGCUGGCCAUCAUCGUGUUCAUCUUCGCCGUGGUGGGGAUGCAGCUCUUCGGCAAGAACUACAAGGAGUGCGUGUGCAAGAUCAACCCCGAGUGCGAGCUGCCGCGCUGGCACAUGCACGACUUCUUCCACUCCUUCCUCAUCGUCUUCCGCGUGCUCUGCGGGGAGUGGAUCGAGACCAUGUGGGACUGCAUGGAGGUGGCCGGGCAGGCCAUGUGCCUCAUCGUCUUCAUGAUGGUCAUGGUCAUCGGGAACCUGGUGGUGCUGAACCUGUUCCUGGCCCUGCUGCUGAGCUCCUUCAGCGCCGACAACCUGGCGGCCACGGACGACGACGGCGAGAUGAACAACCUGCAGAUCUCGGUGAUCCGCAUCAAGAAGGGCAUCGCCUGGAGCAAGGCCAAGGUGCGCGAGUUCAUGCAGGCCCACUUCAAGCAGCGAGAGGCCGACGAGGUGAAGCCCCUGGACGAGCUGUACGACAAGAAGGUGAACUGCAUCGCCAACCACACGGGCGCCGACAUCCACCGCGACAUCGACUUCCAGAAGAACGGCAACGGCACCACCAGCGGCAUCGGCAGCAGCGUGGAGAAGUACAUCAUCGACGAGGAGCACAUGUCCUUCAUCAACAACCCCAACCUGACCGUGCGCGUGCCCAUCGCCGUGGGCGAGUCCGACUUCGAGAACCUCAACACCGAGGACUUCAGCAGCGACACCGACCCCGACGGCAGCAAGGAGAAACUGGACGAGAGCAGCUCCUCUGAGGGCAGCACCAUCGAUAUCAAACCUGAGGUGGAGGAGGUUCCUGUGGAGGCACCAGAGGAGUACCUGGACCCUGAUGCCUGCUUCACAGAAGGUUGCAUGCAGCGCUGCAAAUGUUGUCAGGUCAACAUCGAGGAGGGGCUGGGAAAAUCCUGGUGGACCCUGAGGAAAACUUGUUUCCUAAUUGUGGAGCACAACUGGUUUGAGACCUUCAUCAUCUUCAUGAUCCUGCUGAGCAGUGGUGCCCUGGCUUUUGAGGACAUUUACAUCGAGCAGAGGAAAACCAUCAGGACCAUCCUGGAGUAUGCAGACAAGGUGUUCACCUACAUCUUCAUCCUGGAGAUGCUGCUCAAGUGGUGUGCCUAUGGAUUUGUCAAAUUCUUCACCAACGCCUGGUGCUGGCUGGAUUUCCUCAUCGUGGCUGUCUCUUUAGUCAGCCUUAUAGCUAAUGCCCUGGGCUACUCGGAACUAGGUGCCAUAAAAUCCCUUAGGACACUAAGAGCCUUGAGGCCUUUAAGAGCGUUGUCCCGAUUUGAGGGGAUGAGGGUGGUUGUCAACGCCUUGGUUGGCGCUAUCCCUUCCAUUAUGAAUGUCUUGUUGGUCUGCCUUAUCUUCUGGCUGAUUUUCAGCAUUAUGGGGGUUAACCUGUUUGCCGGGAAAUAUCAUUACUGCUUUAAUGAAACAGCUGAGCAUCGCUUUGAGAUAGAUGUUGUUAACAACAAGACCCAGUGCGAAGCUCUGAUGCCUCCCAACUCCACGGAGAUCCGCUGGAAGAACGUGAAAAUUAACUUUGACAACGUUGGGGCAGGAUAUCUGGCUCUUCUGCAAGUUGCUACAUUCAAGGGCUGGAUGGACAUCAUGUAUGCAGCUGUAGAUUCCAGAAAGCAAGAAGAGCAACCCAAGUACGAGGACAACAUUUACAUGUACAUUUAUUUUGUUAUCUUCAUCAUCUUCGGCUCCUUUUUCACCCUGAACUUGUUCAUUGGUGUCAUCAUCGACAACUUCAACCAACAAAAGAAAAAGUUUGGAGGUCAAGAUAUUUUCAUGACAGAAGAACAAAAGAAGUAUUAUAAUGCCAUGAAAAAACUGGGCUCCAAGAAGCCUCAAAAACCCAUUCCCCGACCUCUGGACUCCGAGGUUCUCUUUGACAUUUGGGAAGACUCCAGCCCUUCCCUCGUGUCCUGUCCCCGUCACAGAGAUCAGAGCUGCCCCUCGGGAGGAUUUACCUGCAUGAAAAAAAUCCCUCAAAAAACCCAACCCGUGCCCCAUCCCUCCCCAGGCUCGGAGCAGGCAGCCCCCCCUGCCCCUCCCCUGUCCCACUGCUGCCUCUCUCCCCCAGGGAUGUUCCUGGCCGAGAUCAUCGAGAAGUACUUCGUGUCGCCCACGCUGUUCCGGGUGAUCCGCCUGGCUCGCAUCGGCCGCAUCCUGCGCCUGAUCAAGGGCGCCAAGGGCAUCCGCACGCUGCUCUUUGCCUUAAUGAUGUCCCUGCCCGCCCUGUUCAACAUCGGCCUGCUGCUCUUCCUGGUCAUGUUCAUCUUCUCCAUCUUCGGCAUGUCCAACUUCGCCUACGUCAAGCACGAGGCCGGCAUCGACGACAUGUUCAACUUCGAGACUUUCGGCAACAGCAUGAUCUGCCUGUUCCAGAUCACCACGUCGGCGGGCUGGGACGGGCUGCUGCUGCCCAUCCUCAACCGGCCGCCCGACUGCGACCUGGACAAGGAGCACCCGGGCAGCGGCUUCAAGGGCGACUGCGGCAACCCUUCGGUGGGGAUCUUCUUCUUCGUCAGCUACAUCAUCAUCUCCUUCCUGAUCGUGGUCAACAUGUACAUCGCCAUCAUCCUGGAGAACUUCAGCGUGGCCACGGAGGAGAGCGCCGACCCGCUGAGCGAGGACGACUUCGAGACGUUCUACGAGAUCUGGGAGAAGUUCGACCCCGACGCCACGCAGUUCAUCGAGUACAGCAAGCUGGCGGAUUUCGCCGACGCGCUGGAGCACCCGCUGCGCGUGCCCAAGCCCAACACCAUCGAGCUGAUCGCCAUGGACCUGCCCAUGGUCAGCGGCGACAGGAUCCACUGCCUGGACAUCCUCUUCGCCUUCACCAAGCGCGUGCUGGGCGACAGCGGCGAGCUGGACAUCCUCAGGCAGCAGAUGGAGGAGAGGUUCGUGGCGUCCAACCCUUCCAAAGUGUCCUACGAGCCCAUCACCACCACGCUGCGGCGCAAGCAGGAGGAGGUGUCGGCGGAUUCCACUUUGAGGGCGUACCGCGCCCGCCUGGCGCGCCGCGGCUUCGUGGGCCGCAGGGCGGCCGCGGCCAAACUGGAGAACGGGGCGGCCAACAGGGAGAAAAAGGAGGGGACGCCCUCCACGGCCUCCCUGCCCUCCUACGACAGCGUCACCAAACCCGAGAAGGAGAAACAGCAGCGGGCGGAGGAGGGGAGGAGGGAAAGAAAGAGACAGAGACAGGAACACAAGUGUUGAGACACGCACACCUUCCCCCCCACCCCACACACACACACACGCAAAGUAAUUCAAGAGAAAUAGUAGAGUUGUACCAAUUAAAAUAUUUGCGAGCGAAAAAAAAA